AUGCGGGGAUCCACAGCAGCAUCGCGCAGCAGCAGCCAUGCGGAGCCGCGCACGCCACCAGCGCAGCAGGGGACUGUCCCGCUCGCAAUCCCCACGCCCUUGCCCGGCUGCGCCGGCGGCGGCGGCAAGCGCUUCCUGCCUGCCACGCCUGCCGCCGCGCGUGUGGCGGGCAUCAAGGGGCUGCCAUCCGAGGUUCUGACGGCCGUCGCAGCGCGUUUGCCAGACGCCGCCGACCGCGCUGCGCUGGCGUGCGCGUUUCCCGCCGCUCGCGCCGCCGCCGCCGCCGCCGCGACGACGCUCGCGCUGCCGGCGGCGGCACUGGCCGCCAGCCCCGGGGGCGUCGAGCUGGCGCUGCGGCGCCACGCCGGCGUGGAGCGGCUCGCCGUCUUCGGGGAGCUCGGCGCGGCGGGCGACCCGCGCCGCGCCGCGCCGCUCGUCCGCGCGGCAACGGCCUCCAUCCUCUCGGCGCUUCCGGCGCUGCGGCGCCUCUCGCGCGUCGAUCUGGGCGCGGCGCCGCCAGAGUUCUUCGAAGCUCUGCCGUCGCCGCUGCUGCGCGCGCUGGCCGCCGCCGCCCCUCACCUCGAAAGCCUCGAG